CCACCCACGUUUGUCGAAGCACCACUCAUUGACACAUUUACUGCUUCAAACUCACAGCACAGCCAACAACGAUGGUCAAGAUAGUUUUGCUCAGCGCUACGUCAGCGGCCCUCGCCGUCUCGUUGGUGAUUGCCGCGACCCCUGGCCAAUGCAAAGCCACCAAGGACUGCGCUGUAUGGGGCCAAGGGUACACGUGCGUUUCGGUACAGUCCAGCAUUCUGGGCCUCACUAUGACAUCCCAAUGCGUGCUGGGCAGUGCGUGCGGUGGCAAUAUUCCAGGCAAAUGCCCCACCUUUGGUUCGUGGUCGGGCAACUAUCCAAAGAUCCAACCAGUAUGUGCGUUCGCCCCAGCGGAGAAUUGCGUUGCCACCUCCGCUCCUGCGUCGGACGCAGAGUCUAUCAACCCAGUGGCCACACCCAAUCCAGCCACCGUCAACUGCUACGCCGCGACGUUUACUGCCAACAACGAAUCGGUGACCGUUCAGGGGAUUUACAAAUGCCUUGAUUCGACUAUCUACACGGGCCAGAACCUUGGUGGCCUGCGCAACCUCACAGACACGCAAAUGCAAGCUUGCAAUGGCACUGUCACUGAUUCUAUCCCCAACCCGUCCCUUUGCAACGGACACGGCACAUGUGCCCCUGUGGGCUCCCUUGCUUCCACGUACCAGUGCGUGUGCAACCAAGGGUACAGCACUGACGACAAUUGCUUGAAAGCAACGUCGAAUAUUUGCGACAGUUUUGGCAGCUGUGGUCAAGGCAAUUCCUGCGACCCCGGGACCGGCCUGUGCGUCUGUUCCGAGGGAACCACCGGCCCCCAAUGCUCGUUGUGCGAUAGCUCUCCCACAGCCUGCUCUUCGAAAGGUGUGUGCACCAGUGAAGGCAAAUGCAAAUGCAACGUUGGCUACCUCGGAACGUUUUGCGACAAGGUCAGCCCCUCCACCGCGUCGCCCAGUGGCAACGACAACGGAAACGGCACUGGAAAUGCGGCCUCCGCGACUGUGUCGGCUGCAGUCCUCAUUGUGGGACUUUUGACAUGGAUCUUGUAAGCAAGUACUUAUACCUUCGCUACCACUCAUAUCCUAACGUUAUUAAGGUUAACAGACCCACAUUUUAUUCAAAAUUACCUUUGGC